AUACAAAUAUACAUACGUCUGUAUUGUAUACAUAUAUGUAUGUACGUAUGUGAAUUGUCCGGUUUGGAUGUAGCAUUUUACUUCUGGUUUAGUUGAAUGCACGCUUUCGUUCUGUCUGGAUGUAUAGAGUACUUUAAGUACGAAGGAAAUUUUUCGGCAAAAAAACAUUAACAAUAAUAACAACAAAUAAAAAAAAAUUAACUGAAAGUGAGGAGAAUGAAAAAUGAAAUAAAUGUCUAUAUGUAUUUCGUAAGCUUUAAUAGUUAUGAAAAAAUGUUUUGAUGAGCUUUUGAAUGCAUACAUACAUUUAAAGACAAAUUGAGGAGCGCAAAAGUGUCUGCAAUAUAGCUUGUGAAAAAAAUGCAUACGAUGGACUCAACUCCAUUAAGAACCCUAUUAAACAGUUGGGGUUUAGCCGAGCUAUUUCCACAGCUACAAGAUGAAAACAUCGGCAUCGAUGAAUUGAAGAUGAUGAAAUGCCAUCACGUCGGCGAACUCUUACAUUCCUACAAGCUGGGCACACGCAUACGUUUUGAAUAUUACUUCGAGCGUUGGCGUCGUGAUCAAAAUCAACCGUUACUCGAUGCCAUAACAACAAAUCACUAUCAACACUACAAUCUGCAUCCCACUUUAACACGCCCAAUGCACCUGGCACAUACGCCACCACCAACAACAACACCAACAACCGCGUUAACGGCACAUAAAAGUCUGCAGACACGUGCGACGAAUACGCCGGCUGUGCGUUGCGUCAACGUAGCGACCAAUACGUCAGAUAUGUUAUACAAAAUGCCGCCGCCACAGAAUAAGACACCGCCGCCGUUGGCGCCCGUUAAGGAUGCGUUGCGUGAGAUGCCACAGUUAACGCGUCAACCCAGCGCGUUGGAGGAUGCCGCGAUGCUGGAGCAUGCAACGCAUGCAAUGUCCACCGACAACACCAACACAGCAACAACAAUAGUAACACCAGCACCAACUACAACAACAACAAGUGCGAGUACACGUUUAGCACCCCAGUUCCAAUUCAUCAACGACGCGGACGAAGAAGAAAUUGAUAACAGUCCACUAUUGCAUAUACUCAAUUCGUCGGGUUUUAAGGGCACCUCACUGCUCGAAUACUAUCAACAGCAUCAGCAUUUUACGAAUGUACAUCGCACGCUGCUCAUACAGUUGAUAGUGAAUUUCUUCGAUAUGAACGAAUAUCAUUUGUCACUGAAAGUCAGUCAUAAUUUGGAGCAGCAGAUAUUGAAGCUCUUCCCCAGCGAGAAGUUGGAGUACUACCGCACGGAGAAGCGUGGCAAAAUCUAUGUGAAAUUCUGCAAUAUGAAGCGUUAUAAACGUGAUAAGCCGCUGUUGAAGCGCAAGUGGUUGGAUGAGUCAGAUGCGGGUGAAGAGGGCGCCGGUGGUGAUGGUGGUGCGGUUCCUGGUGGUGUUAGUGUUAUCGGUAAUAGGUCAAUGGAACCGGUGGUUGGUAUUGAAUGUGGUGGCGAGGAUGUGGAGGAUUUGGCGCAAAGCUUUGAGUAUUGGCAUGCCCAACAUUCCCCCGCUGGGGUACAGGUUAAGACUGAGUCGCUAAGCGAUGGUGAUUACUAAUGAUAGGCGUUGGAAAUGUUAAUGAUGAUGAUGGAACGGUGUUUAGGUUGUGUAAAAGAUAUGAGUUGUGUUAAUGUUCCUUGUGUAGCGUGUACGCUUAAUAAAAAUUGAAUUAACUAGAGGCGGCUUAAUUGUUGUCAAGUUAGUGAAGUUAAAGCAACUUUAUUUAUGACGCCACAUACUCGAGUUUAAUGUUUUGUGUUUUUAAACUACUUUGAAGUGUUCUCGUUGGAGUGUUUAUAAAACUCCAAGCCCAAUUAUAUAUAAUUUUAUUUGUUUACAAUGAUGUACUUCACAGUGCUAAUAAAAUGAACAGGUGGGGCCAUAAUUUGUUGGUAGAACAAUCUGGUUUUCUCAUUAACACUGUAUAGUGGUGUUUAAUGUAAGUUUAAUGAAGUAUUUGUUAUGGUGAGCUUCGUGCUUGUCUAUAUGUAUCUUUGAAAGAUAAACACAAAAUUAACCAAUAAACUCGAGUUUGUGGCAUAAUCCAAUUGAACCAUUUGGCUGAAUUAGUAAGUAAAUAUUUGUGAUUUAGUUAAGACAUUGUGUGAUGAAAUAUAAAUAUGAAUUGCUUUUGUUAAAAUGAAGUUCUAAAUAUAAUUUGACUGAAAUUAAA